CGGCGUCAAACCAAUCGUUAUGCCGCUGAUAACCCUCCACAGCUUAUGCGCGAGCUAGAUCCAUCUGAUGAGAGCUCAACCUACUGGAGCUCAGAUGCCGACGAGCUGGGCUCUGGAGCUUGCAAUGGACCAUCCUCUGUUUUGCCUGGCUCUCCGAGUGGGAAUCUUUCUGGUUCACGAGCCUAUGGCUCUGUCGGUGGCCGACGCGGCUCUCGAAAGGCAAAUAGGAAAAGUCGCCGCCAUUCCCAGCAGCAGCAGCUCCAGCCUCAAUUGCAGGGCCAAUUGGGAGCUCUUGGCGAGUCCGAUCAUCCUGAGGGGCUUGAGCAUGGUUCCAUCGGUUUCAUAAAUAUGUCUGUGACUUCCGGAAUGGACAUUGAUUCGCUACAACGACACCGCCUUCAGCAGCGCCUAUUGUUGGAGAAGCUAGAGCCAGUUGACCGUGUAGAUCUGUUUAGAUUAGAACGCCUUCUAAUGACAUGGGGUUGGGGUCGAUGGGCGGAGAUGCUGGCUUCGUCACCUGGAUUCAAACGUCUGCGUUAUCCAGAAGAAGUCGAACGCGCUGCAAGCCUAAUGCUAAGCUAUGCUUUGCGGCAUGCUCCUAGCAAUCUAGAUACACGCAUUCAGGUAGUGCCAUCUUUGCUCCACUCAGCCUUGCACUUCAAUUCAUUGUAA